UGCGGUUGCGGCUUGUUCCACCUCGACGACUCCUCGCAACAUCACGAACGACCAAACCUAUCAUCUCCCGCCCAAAUCCCUCACAACUACCGCCAACAUGACUGGAGGUGUCAGCGUUCGCGAUGUCGAUGCUCACAAGUUUGUCGCUGCCUACGCGGCUUUCUUGAAGCGUCAGGGCAAGCUCCCCGUGCCCGGUUGGGUCGAUACCGUCAAGACCGGCCCCGCCAAGGAGAUGCCCCCUCAGGAUAUCGACUGGUACUACGUCCGCGCUGCUUCCGUCGCUCGCCAUGUCUACCUGAGGAAGACCGUCGGUGUCGGCCGUCUCCGCAGGGUCCACGGCAGCGCCAAGAACCGCGGCUCCCGUCCAUCAAAGCACGUUGAUGCUAGCGGCAGCGUCGACCGCAAGAUCAUGCAGUCACUGGAGAAGAUCCAGGUCCUCGAGCAGGAUGAGGAUAAGGGCGGCCGCCGCAUCACCCAGCAGGGUCAGCGUGAUCUGGACCGGAUCGCACAGACUGUUGCCGAGGCUGAUGAGGAGGAUGAGGAGGAGGAGGAGUAAACGCAUUCUCGCGUGAGCAGGGGGUACUUUGGGUGGCACAGAGCUAAAGGCACUGCGUGGGUUGGUCUCGGUCAUGAUUCCCGGUAGCAUCUGGUUUAGGCGUCAUAAAAGGGAUUGCUGGCUUGCUUGAUCACUUAAGCCUGGCCUGGGUUACCUCCACAGUCAGUUUGCCUCAACUGCGUGUUAGCCCCCGCCCCCGGAGCGUGGUAUUCCAGCCACCGCCAAUCUCUUCCUUCCCGCCGUGCAAACGCGCAGUAGUAAACUGUAAAACGAAGUCAGGAAACUCUCAGCUUUAAGCUUCUCUACGCUAAAUGUUCUUGUUUGUUUCAGGAAACCGCGCCUUGUUCUCUUUCUUACCGUCUCUCUCUCGCCCCCUCUCUCUCUCUCGCCCUCUC